AGUACCGAUCCGUUUGUGGGGAUAAGUGCGCAUCUCGUCAGUGCUUCUUACCUGCUAAUUCAAGCACUUACGAAUGUUGCCAUGAAGCUUGUACCGGUGGCUGUACGGGACGGGGUGCCCAUCAGUGUGUGGUUAGCCUGUCGCGAGCUGAGCCUUGACGGAGUCUGUGUGCAUCAAUGCCCACCUAUGAUGGUCCAUGAUUCGAAGAAAGGAAUGCUGGUCCCAAAUCCCAAAGGACGUUACGUCUACGAUCGAUACUGCGUUGAGGAAUGUCCUAAGGAACUGCUGGUCGAAAGAGAUGCUUGCGUUCGUCAUUGCUCUGUUGGAUCUCAUCAUGAUAUGACAAAGGAUUCUAGGAGAUGUGAGCCAUGCAAAGGGGUUUGUCCGAAAGUCUGUCAAGUGACAAAAGCUCUGACCGGAUCUAUACUUCGCAAUCUCACUGGCUGUGAAGAAAUUGAUGGCUUUAUCGAUAUACAGGACUCAAAAAUGAACUCCAAUGUUGACGGCUAUACAAGGGAAGAUCUCAAUGCUCUCAAAUCCGUUCGCAUGAUCUCCGAAUAUGUACAAAUUGCUACGCAGACAGUCUCGCCACGCAAUUUGUCAUUCUUGGAAAAUUUGGAGUUUAUUGAAGGAAGGAAUCUAGUGACAUCACGAUUUGCUCUCGCCAUCAACAAGAAUGACAAUCUUGAACAACUUGGGCUUCGCAACCUAAAAAAAAUCAAAGCUGGUAGUGUGAUUAUAACCGAAAAUCAUGGACUUUGCUAUGCAAAGACAAUUCAGUGGGACAAGAUCAUCGCUCCAACAGCUCAGGCUGUGAUCAGCAAGAACAUGGAUAAUAAAUGUGGUAGGUAUCAAUGA